AUGGAUGCCUUCAAUAGGAUGCUUUCUAGAGCAAUGGAGGGGAGCUUUCUUUCUGGCUUCCGAGUUGACAAUCUCAACAAUUCCCUCUUGAAAAUUUCACACCUAUUGUUUGUAGAUGAUACUCUCAUUAUGUGUGAUGCUAACGUGGAUCAAAUCUACAAUUUGGACCACAUUCUUCUGUGCUUCGAGGCCAUUUCGGGUUUAAAGGUUAAUCUUCAAAAAUCCGAAUUAGUCGCAAUGGGGGAGGUCCCAUACAUUGAGGAGCUGGCGAAUAUUUUCGGUUGUAAUAUCUCUUCCCUUCCGUUGCAUUACUUGGGUCUUCCUCUUGGUGCUCCCUUAAAAUCUAAAGCCGUUUGGGAUUGGGUGGUUGAGAAAAUGGAAAAAAGGCUGGCGAGUUGGAAGAAGAUUUACUUGUCCAAGGGUGGAUGCCUUACUCUCAUCAAGAGUACGCAUUCAAGUAUUCCCACUUAUUUUUAA